AUGCCCAUGAUCAAAGAUCAAAAGCAAAAGGAAAGGGGAUCAUACAAUACAAUGGAAGAAGUUUCCAUGAUGGCCAAGGCUUAUUACGAAGCAAGUUCAGACCAUGUUAAAAAAUUGGCUCAUGGCUUCUUUGAUUCGAUGGACAAUGAUGGUGAUGGAAAGAUAGAUCGAAGAGAGUUCUUGGAGUUCAUAAGAGACGAAGGUUGUGGCCAAAUGACAAAUUCGUCCUUCUUCGACCAAAUGGAUCGUGACAAGAAUGGUACUCUUGAUUUUUUUGAAGUGAUGACAGUCUAUUAUAUAGUUAAGAGCGGAAGACCAUUUUGUGACAAAUGUAAUAAGUUCAUCACAUCUACAUAUUUAACAUGUGUCGGGUGUUUGGAAGAUCCAAAUGGAGGCUACUCUUUCUGUAUUUGCCUCGAUUGCUACAGAACGCAGAUACCUAAGCACAUGCACGAUGGUUUGUGUCGAUUUGUAGACAAUUAUUCAUUGCUUGAAGCAAUGACCAAGUCAAAAUUAAAUGAGCAAAGAUCCAUGGGGGCAAAGUCUAGACCAAAUGAAACAAAUUCAAAUCCAGGUAGACCACCUAUGGCUAUGAGUAACAACCAGCUGACAUGGAAUCCAUGGUUACCCACGGUUCCAGUUCCAUAUAAUAGCCAUAGGCCACCUCAACUUCACCACUCUCAUUCCUGGAGUCCAGGUUCCCCGAGUGCUAACCAUACAGUGAUUAUCCAAAGCAAUUACUCAUACCACUAUCCACAACCUCCUCCAGUUCAGCAUCAGCACGUUGCUGCACCUAAUAAUGCAAUUGUCCCAUAUCGACAAAAUUGGAGGAUCGCGUUGGGAGCAUUGAACGCCGCACUCCAAAUUGGUGCCCUUGGUAGUAAUUUCUGUUCAAUCCUAUGAUAAAUUUGGCCGAACAAGUGUGUUUACAGUUUACCUUGCUGUUUCUAUCUCUGUAUUGUGAGUUUCCUCAUUUAUGCAAUGAAUUCAUACAUAUAUGUUCAA